AUAGACUUGACGAGGGUAUGAAUCAUCAUUCAGCGGGCAAAAUGCGCACGCAUUUCGUGUUUUCUACGCGUUAACGUUAACGGGACGAAGAGAGGAUGGAGAGCGAGCAGCAUCACUAUGAGCUUCGCAGCAGGAGCAGAUCCCGCUCCCACACGCCUAUGAUCCCGACGAGCCGUCCCCUGCCGGAGCCGGAGCUGACGGAGCGUCAUUACGAUCUCAGAAGCUGGAGCCGGGAGAGAUCUCGCACGCCCGGGGAGGUGACCAGCAGCAGAAGGUCCGGCUCCAGAUCGUUAACCGGCAGCAUGAAGACGCAUGAGAAGAGCAUGGAGACCAUAGAGGAGAGCAAGGAGGGAUCCGUCACGGAAAGUCUGACGGAUAAUCAGAGCACAAAGUCCGACGGUUCGGUCGUCGUUGCGAGAAAGGCGGAACGUCGGUCGGAACGCCAGCGGGCCAAGAGGCAAAUAUUUGCCAACGGCCAGAGCGAAAGUAAGGAGGGAACGUCCGACCAGAGGGCCGAACGAAGGCGCAGGAGUGUUACGCCACGCAGAGUACUUACCAGCGACUAUUCGUCCGAGGAGGGGGAGAGGGAAGAUCCUCCGAGUAGACCCGGAUCGGCCUAUGCGAUUUACAAGCGGGCUGGCGAAUGGUGGAACGUUUUCCCAAAGACAGACUACACGUACUCGCCGACGUCGCAGUGCCGUUACGAGAUCGCCCCGGGUGUACUGGCUAUGCCCAACAUGUCGAGGCGGUCUAUACACGCGAGCGACAACGGAAGUGCCGUGCCGCAGGUCAGCCGUCGGAAUCUGAGCCAGGCCUCGCGGGGAACGACGGAGAGCGGAAUCGGCGACGUGGACACGGUCGAUUUGAAGGAGACCGCCGCCUCUCUUAUUCAUCCGUCCGAGGUGGACAGUUAUGGCAUGUCACGCGCGUGCAUGCCGAAUUCUGCGGGACGAGCGACUCUGUACAAGAGGACACAUUUAAAACAGUACACAAGUCACAAAGAAGUGGUUUACUCGAAACCUGGAUACUCUUCGGGCUUUCGGUCAAGCGGGAGCUUGUGGAACAUUUCUCCAAUCGAGACCUACGAUUCCGACCUCGAGUUGGACGAGACUUUUGCAAAAUCAUCAAAAAUGGUCAAAACUACUAAUCAGAGUUGGAGGAUCGUGCGGUGGUUCGCAUAUUUUACAACCUUCAUUGUCGCCUGCUUCAGGAAAACUGUCGAAUUCUUCGAGUUCAGAACGGAUAAGAAGAGGCAGCAUUACGUUUCGCAAGCUUAUCGAUCAUCCAAUGUGUCCAAAUGGAGCGCAUUGUGGCAAACUUUGGACCGUUAUACGCACAAUAUGUACUUCUUCUUCGUCAGAAUCCUCGUGUUUGACGCUUGGCUGUUGAGCCGAUUCACUGGCGUUAGGAAAUGGCUGCGAGAGAGAGGCCCGAAGGUUCUUUGGCUCGCGCUUCUACCGUUACUUCUUCUACUUGGUGGUUGGUGCGUAGCACAAUGUCUGCUGCCUCUUUCCGAUGUUGGAACCGUAUCCGAGACAGCGACAGAAAGAUUAUUACCUGACGUACAACGGGAAGAGCAUAAUAGUAAAAUUAUUAAAGAAAUAUUGACUAACAACGAAAUAAUCAAAGAAGACUUGGCUAGCAAAGCUGAUUUGAUCAACAGGAUAAAAACGCUCGAGAAUAGACAAACGCAUCAAAUGGAACAUCUUAUAAAUAUUACUCGGACUCUAGAGGAUCGUAAGCAAAUUGAUGCCGAUUUUCGGAAGGAAUAUGACGACAAAAUUACUAAUGUGGAAAAUAAGCUGGACGUCAGCGAGCUGAAAAAUAUGGCGUACAGCGAGCUUCAAGUUAUCAAACACGAAUUUGAAGAACUACGCAAACUGUACGCGGAAUUGAAAUCCUGUUGCGAUGUCAAUGCAGAAUUCAUCGCGAAUCAAAAUGUAGAGAAGCAUGUGGAAAGAAUUUUACUUAGCUACUUUCCUUCCGAAAUUUCGAAAGAGGAUCUCGUGACAAAAAUACGGAGCUUACUUGCGUCCCACGGCAGUGAAGGUCAAAAAAUCGUGAAUGACGAUCCCGACAAUGCGAACGUUCAUAUCUCGGACGAGCACAUACGCAAGAUAGUGAGGGAUGUUCUGCGAAUUUAUGACGCGGAUAAAACGGGCCAAGUGGACUACGCUUUGGAAACGGCAGGCGGUCAGAUUCUCGGCACGCGAUGCACUCAGCAAUACGACGUAAAGUCGAGAGCCUUAAGUUUAUUCGGUUUUUUCCUGUAUUCUGAGAGCGGCAAUCCGCGGACAGUGAUACAGGGAAAUCCGUUACAACCUGGCGUUUGCUGGGCCUUCCAAGAUUUUCCCGGGCAACUUAUAAUACAAUUGCGAAGCUUCAUUUACGUAACCGGCUUCACUCUGGAGCACGUCUCCAGAUUGAUUGUACCCGAUGAAAACAUGUCGAGCGCGCCCAAAAAGUUCAACGUUUGGGGAUUGUUGUAUGAAAGAGACCCGGAGCCAGUGAUGUUCGGGGAGUAUGAAUUCACGUAUCCCGAUGAAAGUUUGCAAUAUUUUCCAGUCCAGAACACAGAGAUCGAUAGACCAUACGAAUACAUAGAGUUGAGGAUACACAGCAAUCACGGGCAGCUAGAAUACACGUGUCUAUACAGAUUCCGCGUUCACGGAAGACCAGCUUAGGAAUUGAUCGCGCCAUAGUUCCUCUUCACAAGACAUUCGACAGGAUCGUUCGAGCCGAGCAGCAAGAACGGAGCCACAGCUCUUCUCCAAUACGUGCCUUCGACUUUACCGUUAAAAACGAUAAACGUAACAAUCGCGCGAUUUUUGUGCCGCAGCACUUUGUAACUGUACAGUUGUGAAUAGCUCGAUUAUUUAACGCUUUUGUAAUAGAUUUUCAACGAAACGAUCAAAAACACUUAUCAUGCACGCGUCGAUAUUUAAUACACACACGUAGGCGGAAGCCGUUUUUCCGUCGCCAUUCAAACGCGUUGAACGCUGUACAUAUACAUUCAAUAACGUCAAUAAUUUAUAUCGAUCAGGAAGAUUGCACGAUUGAUCGGGGGGGUCAAGGUGGGAAAAAAACCAUUACGCACGCGUGUCGGCCCGAUGGUGUUCCACAAUUUAUUGCCUAUAUAUAUAUAUAUAUAAAUGUCUUCACUACAUGGCCUUGCUAAUAGCAGUUACCCGAGUAAAACGCAUCAUGAAGAAAAAAAAAA